AUGGAUGUGAUUGAAGCAAUUGAUCCUCCUGUUUCGAAUGGGCAUCGAUUCAUUCUAGUGAUGAUUGAAUAUUUCACCAAAUGGGUUGAAACUACAUCCUAUAAGCAUGUGACUAAGAAAGUGGUGUCAGAUUUUUUGAGAAAUAACAUCAUCUGUCGUUUUGACAUACCGGAGACAUUGAUCACCGAUAAUACUAAAAACCUCAAUAACGACAUGGUGGAUGGACUAUGUGAACAGUUUAAAGUCAGACAUCGAAAUUCUGCCAUUUACAGGCCUCAGAUGAAUGGAGCCAUUGAAGCCACAAAUAAGAAUUUGAAGAAAAUCAUUCGUAAGAUGACUAAAGCACACCGAGAUUGGCAUGAGAAGCUGCCUUAUGCAUUGAUGGCGUACAGAACUACUAUCAGGACUUCUACCGGAGUAACUCCUUACUCUCUUAUGUAUGGAAUGGAAGCAGUAUUGCCUGCAAAAGUUGAAAUUCCUUCCUUACACAUUUUAAUAGAAGUUCAGAUAGAAGAUGUUGAAUUGGUCAGAGAACACUAUGAGCAGUUGUCUCUAAUUGAUGAAAAAAGGUUGAAUGCCGUCUGUCAUGGACAAUGUUAUCAGCAACGAAUGGCUCGGAUUUACAACAAAUAG